AUGAUACCACGUGAGCGAGUUUCGACAAGUGAUACAUUCAGACCAUUCUUAAGAGCUUUUAAGGCACUCUGUUAUAUUUUGCUGUUCUGCAUUGUCCUUGGUUCAGCAGUUGCAGCCAAAAUGUCCAUCCUUUUGAUGACGUCUAGCAUUGUUAAGGAUGAAAAUGCCAGGAAUGUAGACCAUUCACCAACGAAUACAAUGCUGGUCAUUUGUAUAUGUUUUCCUUAUUUCUUGUGGAUACUCGGUUAUACAGCUAAGUCUUUGUUUGGAAGCAGUGCCUGGCCCUCUUUUAAAACUACUGCAGUGACAUUGCUCAUUGAACUAUUACACAGCUUUGGAUUAUGUUUAUUAGUGUUCCAUAUUCUUCCAAGAAUGGAUAUGGUCAGAUGCAUGCUGCACUUAAGUGGAAUAUUUGUUAUACCGGCCCUAUUGAAAACACUCUUUGUUAUUGCUGACAAAUCUCUUCCGGGCAUCAAGCGACUAACACUAACUAUUGCACAUGGUAUAGCAUUUUUGAUUCAAUUUGGAAAUUUGGCAGCAACAUCAAUGUUUAGCAUUCCUCUCACGGAUAGUGAAAAGGGGUAUCUUAAAAACAGUGUGAUUGAUGAUGCUAGUAUAAUCAACGUGAUUGAAAGACCAUUCCCUGUCUUUGCAAAGAGAAUAGUGUGGGAAAUCCCAGUGUCGUUAUUGUUCAUCUCGCUGUCUUAUUGGGAAAAUUAUGUGGACGGGGAUGUCUACAUCUGCUCUCUUAAGAUACCUCUUCUUCAAUGGAAAAAGAAUUUGCUCGUUGUUAAGCAAAGAUUAUACAUAUUAAUUGGAUUUUGGAAGAUCGGCUGGACUAUGAUCUUUGCCAUUUUACUGAUUCCUGGGUUUGAUUUUAACAUUGCUUUUUCUUCUUUGGAGAGUAAUUCCACCAUGAGAAACGUGUCUAACAGAAAUACAUUCAAAGUAUUUGAGACGAACUCCGAAGUUUUACCUUUGAUGGGGAAGAAUAAGGAACUAUCUACUACACAUCAUCGUAACUUCACAUCCACUCCACUUCAAGGAGUGACAGAAAAACAGAUCAUCAAAUCUUGGGGAGGAAAUUCAAAUGUUUUCAAUGAUGCACAGAUUAAUCUGACUAGAACGAUAAAAGAUCUUGGAAUACAAUCUGUAUUGCACCUGGAUGACAAAUCACUAAAUAGCAAAGAGGAUAUCAUAUGGGUUGAUAAAGAUGAAGAAGAGAAGAGCAACAACACAUUGCAAAGUAAGUCAACAACAAGUGAUUACAUCCCCGAGCUUAUAAAGCUAAACUUGCAGAAAUAUGGUGUGCUAUAUUUACAUUUAAUUUCAAGUACCCUUAUGUCCUAUUUCGGAAGCCUUGCGUGCAAAUUAUGCAUGCAAAUUUUCGGAUUCGCUUUGCCAAUGUUCUUAGCAACACCUAUAACAUUAGGACUGAUAAUUGGAGAAUGUUACGGCCAAUACCUACCGUCUUACCUCUAUGUGUGGGUGUGUCCGGAAUCUUCAGGAGAUAUUCGACUGUACCACCUCCUUUGGAUUGGAGGUCUUUGGAUUUCACAAUCAAUAACUACAGCGCAUAUCUGGUUUCCUCGAAACGGAAGAAUGGCGAAAAUUGAAAGACUGUUUGUGACACCACUGCGAUGUGGAAUAUUAACAGAUAUUUCACUUUCUCUCCGCCGAAGACUUAACGACAGAGAUGCCUCUUUAUUUAACCCCGAUGAAGACUGGUCUUUCAUUUAUGAAGAUGAUGAAGUUCACAAGGCAGAUGAUGUCGUUCCCCAAAUUUACGCCUGUGCAACGAUGUGGCAUGAAACAAGAAACGAAAUGAUUCAGCUUCUAAAGUCUUUGUUUCGUAUGGAUGUUGAUCACAGUGGUCGAUAUUUAGCUCAGAAAUUUUAUGGCAUACGAGAUCCAGACUAUUAUGAGUUCGAAGCUCAUAUCUUCUUUGAUGACGCAGUGGAUUUGACUGGUGGUAACAUUCCUGUGCCGAAUGUGUUCGUCACCGAAUUCAUGGACUGUAUAGAUUAUGCUCUUAGCUCUGUUCAUGAGCGACAGUUGCAGCUUGGUCCACCUAUGCGAACGCCUACACCGUAUGGUGCAAGAUUGGUAUGGCGUCUACCUGGUGCAACGAAAUUGGUGGUUCAUCUAAAGGACAGACAGAAGAUUCGGCACAAAAAACGAUGGUCUCAAGUGAUGUAUAUGUACUUCCUCCUUGGUUUUCGCAUUCUUGCACAGCCAGAAAAUUUAAUUCACAGAGAUCAUACAGAACGAAACAAAUGUUCGUCCUCUGGAGAUCCUAGUCAAAGAGUUCGGCUAACAACCACCCAGCUACGACAUCGACGCCAAGCCUCUCACUUCACCAGAAGUGUCAUAUUUAACUACACGAAGGAAGAAGUGCACACACAGGCGGAGAACACAUUUAUACUAACGCUUGAUGGAGAUGUUGACUUUAAACCGGAUGCCGUACGUCUAUUGGUUGACCGCCUAAAGAAGAACAAAAAGGUCGGGGCCGCGUGUGGCCGCAUUCAUCCAGUUGGUUCAGGUCCAAUAAUAUGGUAUCAGGAGUUUGAAUAUGCCAUCGGUCAUUGGCUUCAGAAAGCAACAGAACACGUAUUUGGAUGUGUUCUUUGUGCCCCUGGAUGUUUCAGUUUGUUUCGAGGGUCGGCUCUUAUGGACGACAAUGUUGCAAGAUGUUAUGCGAUAAGAGCCAGUGAAGCAGGCCAUUAUGUUCAAUACGACCAAGGGGAGGACAGGUGGUUGAGUACACUCCUACUGCAGCAGGGGUAUAGAAUCGAUUAUUGUGCCGCGGCAGAUGCCCUCACACACGCACCAGAAACUUUCUCAGAAUUCUUCAAUCAACGCCGGAGAUGGGGACCUUCAACGUUGGCAAAUAUAGUAGAUCUUCUGGGAGAUUGGAAGAAUACUGUACGACUCAACGACAAUAUAAGUACUCCAUAUAUUUUGUACCAAUUCUUUCUUUUGGUAUCCACAAUUCUAGGUCCCGCCACCGUCCUCCUUAUGAUGGCUGGAGCAUUCACGGUAGUGUGUAAGACAACAGUGCUGGAAUCUUAUGCUAUAUCCCUUGUACCUGCGAUUGCUCUUAUCAUCGUGUGUAUGUAUGCAAAACCAAGUGCACAAAUUAUCUUUGCUACAAUCGCCAGUGCAUCCUAUGCUCUAGUAAUGACCAUCGUGUUGGUUGGUACAGUUGGAACAGCUAUUGAGGGAGGACUAACCAGUCCCAAUGUUGUGUUUCUGUCUAUUCAGAAGUUUACUGAAAAGUAUAAAAUACAAGAAAUAAUUGCUAAAGCAAUGGAACUGCAAAGAGUAAGUAAUAUUGAAAACGAACCUGAACCGGAUUAUGAUGACCCUCUCCCAGACUACGAGGACGACGAUAUAGAUGAUGAUGAUGACGAAACAAUUUCAACAUUUUACUCGAGCGUGUGUACCUCAGCUACUGCUGCUUGUGGCAACCUACCCUCUGAUCACCACAACGGUCCUUCAAAGAGAUUGUCCAUUCGUCGCAGAAACAGUGCAGUGUUCAGUCGACGCGGUUUAACAACUGCACGAACGCUAAGAAGAGCCUUCGAACGACGAUACAGAAAUCAAUUGCGACGGGAACGCAGUGAAGAUCACAGUGAUUCUGAAAUCAAUUUCAAUGAUAAUGGAAAGAACGAUGGAUUUCUAAAUGUUUGAAUUGUCACAGUAAAUACGAUUUGUAUACCUAUUAGCUACAUGUAUAUGGUUUUGUGGCACUUUAUCAGAACUUGAAGCAUUAUGGGCCGAUAGGAGGAGCAGGUUGUGCUUUACUAGCAAUUGUUAAAGAUGUCUUGUACUGAUUUAGUAGUAGAUAUUACAGAUUACUAUACUGAUACUGAUAAAUGUUUAACAGAUUAAUUACUGUAGCUGACAGUGUUUGUUUUCUAGUGACCAGUUGAUAUAAUAGUCAGCCUAUUUGUCUUAAAUCACAUUUACUUAAAUUUUAUAUUGGCAUUCAAUUACAACAUUCAAGGGCAUGUAGGCAUUUUAAGGAAAUGUACAUUAGAACCAUUAUCUAAAAUCAAGCAAUUUCUUAAAGAAUCUAUGUCUUCUUGAAACAAAAGUUUGUAUACCCUGGUACACCAAAAAUGAAUCAUCUCUGAACAGCAACCACAACCAGUAGUAUAAUUAUGGGAUUUUUAAAUUUAAAAAAACCCCUGUUUUCCAUAUUAUGGCAGUAUACCGGUAUAACAGCGAAGUGCAUAAAUGAUCAAUUAAACCACAAUUAUCUUGUAGUAAAUGUAGGUUUACCUCUCUUCAUGGGCUGGUCAUUGACCGCUUUUCCCAUUCUUACCUCUUUAAAUAAAUGUUACCACUUACUGGUGCAUUUGUUCAAUUUUGAAAAUGGCGUAUUAUAAUAAUGAAGGAAAUCAUAUAAAACCCUGUUUAAGUCAUUGCUUCGUAUUGCAAGUGCAAAUCUGGAGUUUGAGUUGUGGGAGUUUGUGCACACAUAGCACAAAACAAUCCCGGCACUAAAUUUGGUGUCUCAGACUGGGGCGCAUUCUUAGAAGAUGCCAGCAAUAUACAACAGGUUAUUGAUGGCAGUGAUAGUGAAGAGAAUAUAGUUAGGGAAUGAAUAAUUUACUAUCACAUUGCUAAGAAAUGCAUACAAUAUAUGUUUUCAAAUACCAUAUAUAUAUAUAUAUAUAUAUAUAUAUAUACGGGAAUAGCACUGAUCUCUCAAAUGAACAUAACUGCCGUAAGUGAAGAAAUAUUUAAUAUAAAGCGCAGAAAAUUUCCCUUUAGUGGAUAGCCACUUCCGCCUCUACCCGGGGUUGAACUCACGACCUGCCGAACCAAAUCUCUUAGCAGCAUGAACCAGCGCGUUAGACCGCUUGACCAUCUAGACAAGUCUAAAAUUCUUAAAUUGCUUUCGAUGACGAUGGAAUUCUCCACACGCUACACGGUCAUCGAUAUCAUUUAUUCCAUUUCCAUUCUCAAUGACCCUAUAUAUAGUAAUUCAUGUCUGACUGUAAAGUCGACGUCUUUCUUUCUCUUUUUAUAUAAUACUCUUUUAUGUAUCCUUGGCAUGAUAUUGUUAACAUUCUUGAUACUUUUGCCAAACUUCUUUUUAAAAAUUCAAUUUGCUACAUUAAUAAAAGGCAUUAAUAUGCAUAAAAUUUAUUUUUAAAAAUGUAUUUUGAUUAAGAUUGAUUGUUUGUGGUUUUAAACGGUUUUACGAUCUGGUGAAAAAUUGAAAAAGUGUGACGUGUAUUAAUUAAUGGAUACGUAUUGUAGAUUUUUGUAUUGUCAUAGUAACUGUUUUGUGAUUAAUAGUUCUAUGUUACAUGUAUGAUAAUU